AGCUCUCAAGGCAUGUUGACAAGUCUGCGGAGCAAGGCAGUCAUAAUCUCAGUCUCCUGCCUGGCGACCUCCACCUUGAUCAGUUUGCUCUACGAUGUUCUCCGCAGAUCGAAGAUUUACUCUGCCGAUCUGGAAAAGGAGAAGAAAGGAAAGCGGAUCCCCUACCUGACGAGCUUCCUCAAGCUUGACCUCCAGAACCUGCGCAAGGCGUUGAGGGAGGGAGGAGAGGUUGUUUGGUUACUUUGCUUUCAUAAGACGGUAGGAGAAGCUCUCCGGGAAACUGGAGGAAUCUUUGCCUUCUCCUCUCCUGCCGGGAAGCCGUUUGUGAUUGUGAACAACGAAGACAUCUUGAAAGACAUCCUAGUUCAUCAUGUUGCAAGGUACAAGAAGCAGCAUGCCAACGGUAUUCUGGAGCUGUUCAGGAAGACAACACUGCCCAACAGUCAGUCUCCUGCAUGGCGUCCAGUUCAUAAGCUAGCAAGCAGGAUGUGCUUUCAUUCUGUGGAGAAGGAACAAAAACUUUUGUCGCUCGUCGACGAACUUUGUGUGAUGAUCAAGAAGGAAGAAGACAACCGCAAAGUCAAUCUCAGCGCCCUGCUCACGGACUGGUACUGGAAGGUUACUCUCUUUCUGGUCCUCGGCGAAGUUCCACAAGGAUUCCCUGAUGCCUACCGGGACGCCUGGCUUGCCUGCAUCGAUCGCUUGAGUUCUCCUCUCAUCAACUCCUUCUUUUUCUACAAGUUCAUCCCAACCCCUGCAAACCUCUGGUACAGGUACACAACAUGGAAGUUCAGAAAGAUGAUGAUGAAGAAGAUGGACGAUGACAACAAGUGUGACUGGAGUGUGGUUCACAUGAUGCUUCAAGACAAGGAGCUGAACUUGGAGACUAGCGAGGAUCGACUGGAGGUGGCGAUGGAGUUUCUGUUCACCGGAACAACUUCAGUGACGAGCACGAUCUCUUGGCUGAUGUGGCACCUGAGCGACAACAUCAAGUUGCAGGACAAGGUUGCACAGGAAUGUAUCGGCUACCAGGCAAACUCUACUGAAGAGAGUUUUGUGAGGGAUCUCAACAAGCUCCAGCUGCUAGAAGUUUGUCUCAAAGAAACGCUGAGGAUGUACAGCCCAAUUCACAUCGGUCGGAUGUGCAAACAUGACGAUGUUGCCGGAGGGUAUUCGAUACCUCAAGGAGCGGAUAUCAUGACAAAUAUGUGGUGGGUUCACAGAAAUGAAGACAAUUGGAAGGAUCCGAACAAGUUCGACCCGAAUCGUUUUCUUGACUCCUCGGGCAACAUAGUCAAACCCGAUCACUAUUAUCCAUUUUCAAUGGGUCUCAGAGGAUGUCCAGGCCAGGCCGUUGCCUUCUACAUCAGCAAACUUGUUGUCAUCCGCCUACUCUCCUCCUUCCGCUUCUCGUCGCAGUCGCAGCAGGAGCCUCUGUUCAAACCCAGUCUCAUGCUCCCCAACACACCAGCCGAAAUGAAUUUGGCCGUGGCUCCUCGAGGAGACGAAGGGAAAUGGUCGAGAAAAAUCUCCAGCUGAGGUGCGAAUCGGUGGCAUAAGUCAACUUUGACGGUCGAAAAUCAAAUCGUCACUGAAAGUCAACUCGUCACUGAAAGUCAUUCCGGCGGUCAAAG